AUGCCCGAAUCAAACACGCCAAACACCAUCCCUGCCGAGGUUGUCAUCAAAAUAUUCGGGGAACUUUCUCUUCAGGACGCGCUUCACUUGGCUGCGACAUCCUGUCGACUCCGCCAGGUCUUAGAUGAAAAUAUGCCUACUAUCUACAAACGCCUACGCAGAAAUAUCCAAUGUGAAGGAUAUGCGAGAGUUCUCCUAGCAGAUCAAGGGGGUCUGCCAUCUGAUUCUUCUUCGGUAACUAUACGGGACCUUUUACGAUUGCGACGAAUCUCCCGUAUGGUGGAGAAGGCGAUUAAUGUGUUUGAUCAUGAUAUUACACCGCAUAUACGGACUUUCGAAGUUCCUACUACAAAUAUUGAUGAUACAUUUUAUGGGGGAAAACCGCGUCCGUUGCAUUUGACUCCUACAGAGCGUCAUCGGUUUACUCGGAGCUACUACCAAUUCUGGAGUCUCUUACUACUGAAUCGACCAUCCCGGCAACAAAGAUAUCGAAGCUUGCUGCUGAAGCAUUUAUACAUGGUUUACGAAAUGAUUGAUCUUGACCAGCCGAUUGGUGACGAACCUCCUCCACCCACCGAGAAACGACGCGAACUUCGAGGAGAAGUGGACACGUAUCUAUGUCACAUCUACUACAAAAUCCAUGGAAAGGACUAUAUUGAUUUUUCAGGCCAGAGUAUUUCUAUGCGUACACAAGGGCAUGCAGCUAUAUGGGACCAUUGCCAGCCUGAUUUUAAGCAGGUCGUUUGCUACCAGUGGCGGGAUCCGCAAAAGAAACCCAUUAAGGAUGAAAAGGUGUGGGAGCAUACCACUGACGAGGAAUGA